GCCUGGUGGACACAACGGUCAACGAGCUUGCCACAGCACCUUUUCCAAGUUGCCAAGCUUACAUGUUCGAGUUAUUCAAAGGGCCGACAUUUUCUUUGUUCUUGCUUGCUCGAUGCUUCCAUCCUGGAAGCUGGGACGAAGAUGGUGAGCUGCGAAUUCUAAACAUGGUGGAGCAUGCCGCAGGGGCCACAAUUUGGGGCGCUCUUGUCAUAUGAACAAUUGUACUUGAUCAAUGGAAAUUGUUUCGUUCCAUGAUGCAUUAGUCACUAGUCAUGUUUCUUAAGUAUCUUGCUUUCACUACACUAAAGAGUUACCAGACUAUGUAGUUUGAAUCAGUGAAGUCAGCGCGUGAACGUUCGAAGAGAACAUUUGCAUCGUAGGGACUGGAAGAAGUGCAGAAAGGAAGAAGGAAUAGAGCAAGGAAGGAAGAACAGGAUUGCGUAUUUUGCAGCAUACAGAACUGGAGUGUUGUUCACAGGUCGUGGGUCGCCGAAGACAACUACGAGCUCCUAUCUCUCUUGAGAGGCCUUUUCGGCGAGGGCGGCUUUAUCCAUCCAAACUUGCGGGUGGCACGAUCGGCUGGACGAGGCCUCGUUGCCACAGGGAAGCUCCGCAAGGAUGAGGUGCUCUUGAUGGUGCCUUUGAAGUGCAUGCUGCGGAGACCAUUGCCUUGGUCGGAGCUCCAAGGUUUCUCCAAACCUCGGUUAUCAUGGCGCUUGUCACAGGAUGAGGAGAUCAUAGUCUUCUUAGCGGCACUGCGAAAAUAUGGAAUCAACUCUGAAUGGUUCCGGUACGUGCUGACGUUGCCAGAGGAUGAUGCCAACUCAACCUUGUCCUGGCGCUCAGAGGAGGUGGCAGCGCUGCGCGGUACACCGGCGCAUGCACCAGCACGGCAGCUGCGGCGACAAGUGCUGCGACUUUGCGAAGAACUGACCAUAGGAUGUGCUGAGUUGCGGUGGGCAGCCAGCCACUACUGGAGCCGGGCACUUCGAAUGAAGCCAAAGGGCUUUCACGCAAUGGUGCCCGGUGUUGACUUGAUGAAUUUUGACCCUGACAGCAGAAACUACUUCCGCAUGGCAGGGAAGAGUAUUGCGUACAUCGCUGGGCAAGAUUAUGAAGAGCGCCAAGAGAUCCUGGAUAGCUACGGAGGUAAGAAUGACACAUACCUCCUGACGCACUACGGCUUUUUGCAUCAGG